UUCUUCAAACUAACUAACUAACUAGCCCAUUACACACACGCUGGUUUCGGUGGUAUAAACCCUAGCUUUCAUCUAUAUCUUCUUCUUGUUACGCCUCUUGUCUCCGGGUUACUUCUUUUUGCGCCGUUUCGUCACAUUUUUCAGUAACCGAUGGCGGUCCCUAAGCUCGACAAGAAGAUCAUCAAGAAGCGCGUAAAGAAGUUCAAGAGGCCACAAAGUGAUUGGAAAAUAUGUGUCAAGGAAAACUGGCGCAGGCCGAAGGGUAUUGAUUCCCGUGUGAGGAGAAAGUUUAAGGGUGUGACUCUUAUGCCCAAUAUCGGAUACGGGUCAGACAAGAAAACCCGACACUACUUGCCAAACGGUUUCAAGAAGUUUGUUGUGCACAAUGCUAAAGAGCUUGAAGUUCUUAUGAUGCAUAACAGAACCUAUUGUGCUGAGAUUGCACACAAUGUGUCUACGCGCAAAAGGAAGGAGAUAGUCGAGCGUGCAGCACAGUUGGAUGUUGUGGUUACCAACAAGUUGGCCAGGUUGCGUAGCCAGGAAGACGAGUAAGCGUUGUAGUUUGACGUGCGUUUUGUAUUUUGAAGCGUUUAAGAUUUUGAUAUACUUUUGGAUGGUUUUAAUUUUGAGUUUAUGUAGUUUUGUUACAAGAAAAUUGUGUUUGUUUUGUUGUUAUUGAGGUGAAACUUUAUCUAAGGGGUCUAUGGGUUCCAGAUCA